AUGGUAAAUUCAAGCAUUUAUAUAUUAUAUAACAUAAUCAAGUUCAAUAAAAGAAUCUAUCUAUCUAUCUAUCUAUCUAUCUCUCUCUCUCUCUCUCUCUCUCUCUCUUUGUCCCCCACCCCAACGCUGUGUGUCUACUCCUCCACCACCCGCCUCGCCGCCUCUCCUUCAUGCCUUGGGUGUCUUUUCUUUCUCUUUUCCACCUGCCAAACUUUUCUUCUCUUUCUCUUUCUCUUAGUCCCUCUAAAUUUUCUUCUCUUUAACUUUCAUUUAUCUCUCUCUCUUUCAGUCUGUAACAACUCUCCUUGCAUUUCUCAUAUUCACACUUAUCUAAUUUGCUUUCUCUUUCUUUCAUCACUCUCUUUUCUAAAUAUAUCUGAUUUUCUUGUUCUUCUUCUUCUUCUUCUUUUUCUUUUUUCUACUUCUUCUUCUUCUUCUUCUUUCUUUUUCUUCUUCUUCUUCUUCUUCUUCUUUCUUCUUUUUUUCUUCUUCUUCUUCUUCUUCUUCUUCUUCUUUUUCUUCUUCUUUUUUCUUUUUUUCUUCUUCUUUCUUCUUCUUUCUUCUUUUUCUUCUUCUUCUUCCCUCUCUCAGUAUCUAACUUUACAUCUCUUUUUCUCUCAUCCCUUUUCUCAGUUUUCCUCCUUCAUUUUCUUCUUCUUUCUCUUUCAUCCCUUUCUAUCUAUCUUUCUCUUUCUCCUAGUCUGUCUUCUCUUUCAAUUCUCUCUUUCUCACUCACUCACUCACUCACUCAAUCACUCACUCACUCACUCACUCACUCACUCACUCACUCACUCAUACCUCUCUCUAUCCUUUCUGUUUCAUGUGCUUUUUAGCCUGAAAGAGAAAUGCAAACACAGACAUAACCGAUAUUUAUAUAUUCGCUUAAUUUUUACAACGCCCUCAUUCUAUUUGUUGGUUUAUAUUUAUCUCGAUUUGCACGUAUUCAUCUAUAUAUCCAUCUCAAUAAAAUUAAAUCUAUCUAUCUAUCUAUCUAUCUAUCUAUCUAUCUAUCUAUCUAUCUCAGUUUCUUCGUCAAUCUAUCUAUCUAUCUAUCUAUCUAUCUAUCUCAGUCUCGUCAUCUAUCUCAGUCUCUUCAUCUAUCUCAGUCUCUUCAUCUAUCUAUCUAUCUAUCUCAGUUUCUUCGUCAAUCUAUCUAUCUAUCUAUUUAUCUAUCUCAGUCUCUUAAUCUAUCUAUCUAUCUAUCUAUCUCAGUCUCUUCAUCUAUCUAUCUAUAUAUCUAUCUAUCUAUCUAUCUCAUCUCUUCAUCUAUCUAUCUAUCUAUCUAUCUAUCUAUCUAUCUAUCUAUCUCAGUCUCUUCAUCUAUCUAUCUAUCUAUCUAUCUAUCUAUCUAUCUAUCUAUCACGCCUAUGUUCAUAUCUAUCUAUCUAUCUAUAUAUCUAUCUAUCUGUCUGUCUCUAUCUAUCUUUCUAUCUAUUUGUCUGUCUCUGUAAAUGUCUUUCUGAAUAUAUAUAUAUAAGCAUAUUCAUAUCUAUCUAUCUAUCUAUCUAUCUAUCUACCACACUAUCCCUUAUUUGUUUCUCUCUCUCUCUCUCUCUUUCUCUUUCGCAUCUCUCCCUCCCCCCUCUCUCUUUUGCCAACUCUCUUUGUCCAUCACCGAACUUCCUCACUUUCUGUCAAAAACAGUAUUUAUUUAUCUUGCGUAUCGAGAGAACCAAAAUACGACUCAGUCUUUCUGCCCCUGUUGUUUUCUCUCCCCUAUUACUUCAGUCCUUCGGUUUAGCUGCAAAUAUUAUUGCAAUCGGGCAAUGGAACCUCUAUUCCUGGAUAAUCAUUACUGUGCUCGUAUCCCUGCAAUGA